UCUCAUCCUUUUCUCCUUAUCUAUUUUCCUUCCAUUUUUAUACUUGUUCUUAGCUCACUGUUUCUCCCCUUUUUACUUUUGUAAUGUUCAUAUAGAUCUAUGCUAUCUUCCUACUAACUUCAUCCCCACUAUUCCUCUACCAUCUGUUCUUCGAUAUUGAGAAAAUUCUUGGUCGCUUUUGAAGAUUUCACUGCCCAUUUCUGUGUUCGUCUCUAUUAGGGUUAAUGGCUGGUCGGUUUUUAAGCUUUCACCUCUUCUUUCGAGGUUGAAGAAACCCAUUUCUGUGUUCGUCUCUGCAAAUUAGGGUUUUAUGUGUGAUGAUUUGAUGAUUUUGUAAUUCUUCUGGAGGUAACAAUUUGUGGAUUUUUGUUUAUUUUUUUUGGAAUGGAUUAUAGUGGGGGAAACGUGGUCCAUGUGAUCCCCGGGAUGAGUAGCGAGAAUUGGCCCGGUGAAGUUUGGGCUACCGAAGAAGAAUACAGAGCUUGGAACAAUGGCGGUGGUGAUGGUUCCAUUGAUACGCCUUCUAAUUCGAGUUAUGAUCAAAGACAAUCCCAAAGCCGAUCCGGAAGCGAACCCCCAAACAAGAAAUCCAGAAGCUCACAGGAUGUUACCUCUUCCAAUCGAUCAAAAGCGAUUGGUAAAAUGUUCUUCAAGACCAAACUCUGCUGCAAAUUUCGUGCUGGAACCUGCCCUUACAUCACGAACUGCAAUUUCGCUCAUAGCAUUGAGGAGCUCCGGCGGCCACCACAUAAUUGGCAGCAGGAAAUUGUGGCGGCACAUGAAGAAGAGAAGGUAUUUUCAGAGCCAAGGGAGGAAUUUCAGAUUCCUUCACUUGGGACAUCAAAUUUUGGUUCAGAGUCGCAGAGGUCAUAUAAAGGAAGACAUUGCAAAAAGUUUUACACAGAGGAGGGCUGUCCAUAUGGGGAUAGUUGUACGUUUCUUCAUGAUGAGCAGUCAAAGAAUCGAGAGAGUGUGGCAAUAAGCUUGGGACCUGGUGGCUACAGUGGCGGUGGUGGUGGCGGCGGCGGCGGUGGUGGUGGUUCAGGAAAUGGAUCCAACAGUAAGCCUUCGAAUUGGAAAACAAGGAUUUGUAACAAGUGGGAGUUGACAGGAUAUUGCCCAUUUGGAAGCAAAUGCCAUUUUGCUCAUGGAGCUGCUGAAUUACACCGUUAUGGUGGUGGGCUUAUGGAGACAGAAACUAGAGACUCUUCAUCAGCUCCUCCUGACCUGAAGCAGGGUGUAUUGCCUAAAGCUCCUGGCGAUACUCUGGUUGCUUCUGUUCCUUCACUACCUCAUUCAGAUGUUUAUCAUAUUGUGGUUCCAUCACAGAGGUCAACCAUUGUAAUUCAGAGGUCGGGUCAGCGAACUCAUCAGAAAUGGAAGGGCCCCGAUAAAAUCAGUCGGAUAUAUGGUGACUGGAUUGACGACAUCGAAUAAUAUCAUAUCCAAGAAACCGUUGAACGUGAAUAACGAGCAUCAUGAUGGACUUGGUCUCUUGUAAACCUUUGGCAGAUGAAGAUUCUGUUUGUUCGGGUUAUGUUUCGGUUGGUUCUUUUCGUAUUCUCGUUCCUAACCCGCUUCACGUCCGAUCUAUGGUCUUUAUCUGUUAGUGUUGUUAUUUAUGUAGUUACUAUAUGUAAUCCUUUUCAUUGAAAGAAGAGAGAAAUGUAUGAUUUUCACCGCUUCUCAGUUCA